AUGGAAGCAAGGAAGGGCAUCAUCUGUGGACUGGCGGCAGCUGGAGUGAAACCACAACUCAAACAACGACAGCCACAACAAGUACCAAUCAACACAGAACAAGAACGAGGACAGUCCUCAGGAGGAAAUGAUGUAGAGGAGAUAACGAGAGCAGAGUUCAGACACUCUCUAGGCUACUUGACACGCAUUGAGGAACCUGAAGAAGACAUCGAGCCAAUGUUCAGACGCUCCCUUUGUUCGUCUUCCGAUCAAGAAGAUUUCUCAAACAAUAUUAGUGCAAGAUUCAUAUAA